AUGGAAAGCAAAAGAAUGGCGAUGUUGGUGGUGAUGAUGUUGGUGAUGGGGAACAUUUUGAUUGAGGCAGAGGGUAUAUCUUUUACAGAUUGUUAUAAAGGCUGUAUUGUGUUGUGUGCUGUAUCUAGUGACGGAUUUAAGAAACUGUUAUGUCCGUUCACGUGUACCAAGGAGUGUAUAAUUCCUACACCGUCUGAGACCAAUCUAAAUGAAAUUGACCAGACUGAUUUUUUUUGUAAACUCGGAUGUGCUACCGAUCGUUGUGCUUCAUCCUCCUCGAUCCAUGAUAAAGAUCACGCAGAGAAGGUUUCAGUAUGUGUGAAUUCAUGCUCAGAUAUGUGCUCCCACAAGAACUAA